GGCGCUGCGGAGCGGCGCAGGGCGGGCUCGUCCCGGGCGGGCGGCGGGGGCCGGGCCGGCGCCAUGAAGGACUGCGAGUACCGGCAGAUCCCGCCCGGGGCCACGGCACCGGCACCGGCCACGGCCGCCUCCCCGCCUCCGCCAGCCACCGGCACGGAGCGGCCCGGCGCGGCCCGGCGGCCACGGCGGAAGUGGGAGGUGUUCCCGGGCCGCAACCGCUUCUACUGCGGCGGCCGCCUCAUGCUGGCGCGGCACAGCGGAGUCUUCGCCCUCACCCUCGGCCUCAUCCUCGCCACCAGCGGGCUCUUCUUCGCCUUCGACUGCCCCUUCCUUGCCACUCACCUGACCCUGGCCAUCCCCAUCAUUGCAGCCGUCCUCUUCUUCUUUGUCAUCAGCUGCCUGCUGCAGACCAGCUUCAGAGACCCAGGUAUCCUGCCCCGAGCCACGCCAAGUGAGGCUGCAGACCUGGAAAAGCGGAUCGACAGCAUGGGCACCUCCACGUACCGCCCGCCCGCCCGCACCAUGGAAGUGGUCAUAAACAAGUACGUGGUGAAGCUCAAGUACUGCUACACCUGCAAAAUGUUCCGCCCUCCGCGCACCUCUCACUGCAGCGUCUGUGACAACUGUGUUGAGAGGUUUGAUCACCACUGCCCCUGGGUGGGCAACUGCGUGGGGAAGCGCAACUAUCGCUACUUCUACGCCUUCAUCCUCUCCCUCUCCUUCCUGACAGCCUUCAUCUUCGCUUGUGUCGUCACCCACCUCACCCUGCGCUCUCAGAGAGAUGGAUUCCUCACCACUCUGAAGACAACACCUGCAAGUGUGCUGGAGCUGGUGAUUUGCUUUUUCUCAGUCUGGUCUAUUUUGGGCCUCUCAGGUUUUCACACUUAUUUAGUUGCCUCCAACCUGACAACGAACGAAGAUAUCAAAGGGUCCUGGUCAAAUAAGAGGGGCUCAGAGUUUGCCAAUCCCUACAGCCAUAAAAGUAUCCUCACAAACUGCUGUGCGGUGCUGUGUGGACCCUUCCAUCCCAGUUUGAUAGACAGAAGAGGAUUUAUCCAGCCAGAUAUCGGGACCCCGUCCAGUCCUAAGAGUGAAAUCCCAUCCCUUGGAGCCAAAACUGACACCAGCAUGGUAGGAGGCAUCCCCUAACCGUGCUGCGGUGUAUCCCAGUGCCUGCUGCGCCUGCACCUUGCUCCAACCAGUACCUUUCCUCUUCCCACCUCCCCAGCCUCGGGUGGGAAGCCCUGUGCCACAGAGCUGCCAGAGACUCACUCGAGCCAAAAGUUGCCUUUUUUGAAGCGUUAUUUAUUAUUUUGGGUGGAUUUGUUUCACUGUGAUGUGGCCUCUCUGGACCUUGGACUGACGCUGCCCAGCAGCAUGCAGGACCCGUGCAGGAAGCAGGGGGUCCCUGCUGCCCCUGGGAAGCAGAUAGGUCUGGAGAGCCCCCAGACCUCUGAGCCUGGAGUGUCUGCUCCAGGGGGUCACUGUGUUUCCUGCCCCAAGGAAAGAGGUGGGACAGGGAAAUGGUUCCCACUGGGCUGUCACGCCUCAUCUUUUGGAAUGGUGCAGGUGUAAGUUCCCUUGUAUCCCUGUUACAUCCGUGUCCUGCUCCCCUGUGCCAACAUGGAAGGGCUGUUGUGUCUCUCAGUGACCAGGUUCUCCCCUCGGCCACUGCUGGGGCAGCUUUUCCUUCCCAGAAGCUGCUGUGCCUUGGUAAGUUGGGGCUGUGGAGCCGGGAGGACUCUGGCUCCCAGCACCCAUGGAAGCUGGCUGCGUGUCCCGCCUGCUCUCAGUCGUGUUUCCUGGCUGGUCACUGAGGCAGUGCUGAAGAACUCGUUGUGUUUUGACCCUGCCACUCAGUGAGACAACGUUUUGCAGCCAGGACCCAAGUUCAGAUGAGUCCCCUUUCAAUGGGGAGGAAGAAACACGCAGUGUUCUGUGGCUCUCCUCGUGAGAUGCUGCUUGCCAAGGCUACAGCUGGGAGGUGUGGGACUCUGAGCUUGCAGGGGGGAAUCGCAGGCCUUGUGAGCAAUACUUGAAUCAUGGGAUUAAAAGCUGCUGGAUAUUUUUGCACAAUUUGUAGGGUUAUUUUCUAUGUAGAACAUUUUGUACUGGGGGCAGGUAGCGUUGUGCAUGUUAGCACCAGGGCAGCGGCUGCAGCAUCCAGCUGCCUGCUCGGCUUUCCAUGGGCCACGUGUGGGUGUUUCAACCUCAGGCAGAGGCAGCACAUUUCUGGACCACCCCCCUCAGUCUCACCAGCCUUGUGUGUUGCAGCUUUGGGGCACGGCAGAGGCACAAGGUUCCCCUGGCCUCACAUUUCUGGCUGGCUCCAAGGAGAUCUUGGUGCUGCUUCGUUGUGGCCACCAGCUCCCCCUUCUCCUCCACUGAGGUGGUGGCUGCUGAAUUCCUGCUGGAUCCCAGUGCAUGGCCAGGGAGGUUCCCGGUGCUGCUUUGCCAUCUCGUUGCAUCCAGAGAGGCCCUUCCAUCCCCAGGGAUGUUCCCAGCGGGGCCUUGGAAGAGCCUCUUGGAGGGGCAAGGGGGGCCAGGCUGGUCUGGUGCUGGGGAGUGAGGACAGUGCGGGUGGUGCGACCCGGGGCCAGGCUCCUUCCUGGUUUAAUUUAAACCAGUUUCCUUUGUUACUCAAUAAAAGUAUAUUUUUAAAGAGUUAA